ACUUGCCGGUUUUUCUGUCGUUCGUUAGCUCUCUUUUUCGCGGAAUGAUAAUCAUAUUCGAGUGUUUAAAAAUCCUUAAAAUAUAGUAAAUAAAGCCCAAAGGUUUAUUGCUUCUUGCCGAUAAAAGGAUGAGCACUUCAAUCUCCGAACAACGAUUUGUAAAUCUAAACUUUGUGCUGAAAGAUGGAAAAGAAAUCGUCGAAGCUACCAAGGAUAUGCAAAUGGCGUACGCAACCGCCCGUGAUCAGAUUAGAGAAACUCUUAUCAGUUGGUUGAACGAAAGCGACUGUCUCGGUUAUCGGUCGGACGAACUGUCGAAAGAUCAGGUGUACGUGUUUGAGGAGUUCUCCGGGGCAGCAUUCGAACACAUCCGACAGUCGAAUGCUGUUUUAAUUGGACCCCGAUGUCUGAUCAGCUGUUUUCAGGAUAACGAAAAGAUCCCGGUGGGAAAGCUACCGGUGAAAACAACGGCCAUGCGGAGUCUCGUCGUUUGUAUGUCCGGAUUGAAACCCGAUGAAAAAAGUCGACUGAGCCAGUUGGUUUUUCAAAUGGGCGGAUACUAUUGGGAUGUUUUGAACAGCAGCUGUACGCAUCUGGUGGCAUCGACAGUUAAAUCGAUCAAGUACGAAAAGGCAGCCGAGAUUAAGAUAAAAAUAAUGCAUCCGGAUUGGGUGACUGAUGUCUGGGACCAGAGCCAGCGGUUGAUGAUAAAGGCGACUGAUCCAGUUUUUGCCAAACAUGCGCUUCCGGUGUUCUACUCACUGACCAUCACGUCUACUGGGUUGACCACGCAAAAGCGCAAUCAAAUUAAGCAGUUGAUUGAGGAAAAUGGAGGGAAGUACAUUGGGGCGUUUAAAUCGGAGUUAACGGAUAUUUUGAUUCUGGAGCGGGAUUGCGUUGGUUCGGCAAAGUUUCAGGGUGCAGUGCGCUGCAAAAAGGAAUGUUUGACGCCCGCAUGGAUUGUGGACAGUGUGGAGAAAGGAUACGCCUUGCCCGUUUCAAGGUAUGAAGUUCGCAGCAUUAAAUCUUCGACGCCGACAAAGGAUGAUCCGGGGUUGCUUUCGAGCAGAGAUUUUAAUCCGGACUGUACGCAACUGUCGAUGAUCAGUCACCAGAAUAGUCGCAACAUGACCAUCAACGAGAGCGUGAUGAGUAUGGCUUCGCUGGCGCACGUUGCUUCCAAACCGUCCAGACCGUCGUCAACGACGACGACAUCGGGGGAAGGUCAGAAUCAAAAGUAUCGCGAUGUGUUGGACAAAAUAAAUUUACAACACGCCAAAAAGGCUGGUCCCUUUUUGGAUGGGUGUAAUAUUUACUUGAGUGGGUUUACCGGGGACGAGAAGGAGAAACUGAAUAAAAUCCUCAACAGUGGCGGUGCUAUUCGGUACGAUGAGAUUAGUGAACAUGUAAGUCACGUUAUCGUAGGUGAUCAGGUGGCGGCAGAUUUUAAGGAAAUCCGUGAGCAGCGAAUUGAUCCGCACGUUUUGACACUGGAUUGGUUACUUCGUUCCCUUGAACUGAAGGCACCCGCGCCGGAGGAUGAAAAGUAUAUUUUUCGACCAAAUUUGAAGGAUGCUGUUGUAGGUCAAGUUCCAGAACCUCCCUCUCCGGCUAGUAAGAAAAACUUGGAGACGAUGAAUAGUACCUUCAAGCGGCCGGACGCUCCUCCCAAGUUUAGGUUGGACGAGCAAAAACCGGAACCGAGUAGGGUUAGUCGCGUAGAAGACGAUGUUCUGCAGCAGUAUAUGCAGAAAAAUACUUCCGUUCAGCUGCCAGCGGUGGAACCGAAGAAAACUCCCAAUGCGGCGGUUGCACCGCCGACAGGUGAUUCAGAAUCGCAGAGUUCCGAUCUAGAUUCGCAAUACUCGGAGUUUAUGUGCGGUAAAACGCUGUUCGUGUACGGAUUUUCCGAAGAAGAUGCCAUGCAGAUAGUUUCGGACUGUGAGAACUGCGGCGGGACGAUUGUGGACGAAACUUACACCGAUGUGGCGGAUUACAUUGUACUUCCGACGAACAGCAUCGGGGAGAUUGAUUUCACCGUGAAGGGUAAAGAAACGGUUAACUGUAUUUGGUUGGAGACGACCAUACAGGACGGUAUCUGCCAUCCCAUGGAGUACUACUUUGAACCAAUUUUCUACGGUGAACACGAUCCAAAACCGUUGGAAGGUGAGGUUCUUGUUAUCAGUACAUAUUCCGGGGCGGAGCGAAACUAUCUGAUUGCUUUGGGUGGGAUUCUCGGUGCAAAUGUUGAGGAUCGUCUGGUGCGGAAGUCUUCACCGAUUGUGGUUUGCAAGGAACCGGCUGGGGCCAAGUAUGAGGCUGCUAUCAAAUGGGAUCUUGCCGUGUUAAGUGCCGAAUGGUUACGCGAGUGCCUGAAACACAAACGUCGUGUAAAUGAGCAACCUUAUCUGGUAGGAAAAUCAAUUUGCUCUCCUAAGAACAUCACCGAAGUUCCCGAGGUUAGUGGUCGCUUGUCCGAUUUGCCAACGUUCUCUAAAAAUGCCUGCCUGCCUACAACAUCUACCGACGACGUGGACAUCGAUUCAGUGUUCUUACCCCCUGCGCCAGCAGCAGCCGAAUCGUCAGCAAAAAUCGCUUCCACCGUCCAACAGCGCAAGUCCACUGAACUUCCCAAAGAACAGAACAACCCAGAAAGCUAUAAGUACAUUUCCGUGCAGAAAUCGAAAAACCCCAAUGAAGUUGAGUACGGGUUCAAACGAUUGUCCACCUCGGAACUGUGGAAAAUCACAGACCAGGAACGACAGGUAUACUCACAGGAGCUCGAUCAGUACGACGAUCUGCUUCAGUCACAGCGCGACCAGCGGAAACCUUUCGAUCCGGUGGGCCACCCAGUGGAAUCUCCGCUUGUGCUGAAACAUCGCCGUCUCUCUACACUGGCAAGUUCGAAUUCUCCUGCUACACCGGUCUCAUCUGCAGGUCCGACCGAAUACGAACAGCUUAGCGUGACGCAACGGGUAAUGGAAUUUGACACACCAGUGCGUGAGACAUUGUACAAAGUACUGAAGGAAGCGGAGGAGAAAGAGAAAAAUAUUACUCCUCGUACGAGACGAAAGAACGAACUGCUGGCCACUCCCAGUACCGGACAAGAUGGACACAUCAAAACACCAACGCUGCCGGAGUGUAUGACCAAACCGGUCACACCGUACGGCUUUCGUCCGGAUGCCAGCCCGGAAAAUCAUCUAUACCACAAACGCAAACUUCAGGUGUGGGACCAGUACUAUCGGCCACGGGAGCAAAAGGAGCGCCGCAAGAGUACUCCAUUGAGCGAAAUCAAACGGCGCUUCUGGCGGGAGAAUCUAGGCGAUGAAUACGUCGAUUAUAUCGAGUCCAAGUACGCAUCGACGCAGUUUCAGCCCUAUCCUCAGGAUGAUGAAAAUAAAACCGAUGAAACGGAAACACAGAAAGAUCCGGCCGCCGAGUGUCAGCCUAGCACUUCCAAAGGUGCACCUAGCAGAAGUAAGGAAGUGUUUAAGGACAUUGUAGGGAACAAUGAGGAACGAAACAAUGAAAGCACUGUUAGUGAGAAGAGAUCCCGCCAUGAGGACGAAGACGAGGAAAUAGAAGAUGGGAAGCGGUCUGAUGCUGGACCGGCUGCAAAACUAUUGAAAGUCACCGAUUCCGAUAAUCUGAAACGGUUAAGUGACCUGAUCAGUACGAACAGAAAUGCAGCGAAAAAAACAACGAAAAAACUACAUGAAGAACUUAAGGAACCUCAAUAUUCGGAACUGCAAAGGUUUGAUUCUGAAGUGGUUUCCGAAGACGCUGUCGGCGUUGGCUGGCGUGAUCCGACGGAUUAUGUUGAACCUAACCGCAUGAGCUAUAAGGGUACACCCGUGAUUGUUAUAUCCGGUGUGAACGACCAACAGCGACCGGAAUUGAUGGAGAUGGUCAAGCAGUUGGGUGGGGAAUUGUCGACCAAACCGACGGAAUACGAUCCAGCCUGUACGCACAUCGUCUGUGGUAAACCAAACAGAGGAGAGAAGAUUUUGUCCGGAAUCGCUGCUGGCAAGUGGUUGCUGUGUACAAAAUAUCUACACGAUAGCUGCAAGGCCGGCUACUUUUUAAACGAAGAACCGUAUGAAUGGGGUAACCCGAAGGCAACCGAUCUGCCCCUGUUGGAACAACAGGAAAAGCUGGUCUCCAAAGCGGCGUACAACUGGCGCCAGAAGAUUGCCCGCGAAGCCGGCAAACACGACGGGGUGUUCACCGGCUUUCGUGUACUGCUGCUGGCACCGAAAAAGGAACAGUUUGUUCGGCUGUUGCAGUCUGGUGGUGGGCUCGUUAUCAAUGUGGAGCCACCGUUCGUCAACUCGCAGCAGGCAAUGACCGCAACGCAUUGCUUCGUGGACAAAAAGGUUAAGAUCAACGCACGCGAUCACAAGGCACUGGCCGAAGCCGGUAUCGUCGUUAUGUCUAUUAUGUAUCUCAAUGCAUAUCUCACAUCGGAGACGCUCCCGGAACCGGCCAAGUAUCGGUUGGAGAUUUGAAUUGAUGGGAUUGUUUUUCUUUGGUUUUGUUAAUGUUAGUUACGGAUCGAUUACAUACAUGUUUUGAUGAGGUUUGCGCGAUGAUAAUUAAAAAAUUACAAAUUUCAGGACAUUGUUAGACUACAAAUCAAGCUCCUAAUUGAAGAUUGAUUCCUGAUUAGAGCCUGAUUCCGAGAGGCAAAUGUCGAAAAGUCUCCUAUUACUGCCGAUAGUGCAACUAAGCCGCGUGUUGAAAUAUUCUGCAGUUCCUAACGAUGCAGUCCAAACAAUUGUGAAUUGUCUAAUAAACCUUUCCCACGUA